AUGAAAUAUUAUCUAAAUAUUCAUUUAUUUACAACUAUAAUUUUAUCAUUAACAAAUGCCCAAACAGGAAAAAAUUUUUUAGAAUGUAUUAAAAUUUCACGAACAAAUUGUAAUUUAAAUGAUCAUUUAAAAACCAUGAGUUAUUACCUUAUUCAUAACAAAAUUGUUUAUCAAGUUAAUGAAUAUGUAUUUUUUAAACAUAGUGAAGCUUUAAAAUAUUACAACAUAAUCAAUUCUAAUUCAUCAUAUAAAAAGAUUUUUAAACCAAGAGGAGCUGUAAGACCUUCACAAAUUUAUGCUUAUGAAAAAAAACAAAAAAUUGCUGAGUACAAUUAUAAUGAUGUUUUAUCAAAUAAUCCUUUUACUAGUAAAAUUUAUAAAAUGGUAUGGUAUGGAUGUGAUUAUCAAUGUUAUUCUAUGAACAAUUAUCAACUUUUAAAACAAGGUAUUUUUACUGAAAUGAAUUUGUAUAGAAAACUUCAUAAUGAACAACCACUUAUUUCCAUUCAUUUUUAUAAUGAGUUAGCUAAUAUGUUUGCAAAAAGAAAUGCAAAAAAUGUAAAAGAAACUCAUAUUAUUUUAUAUUCAUAUAGUUAUGUUAGUGGAAUAAUUCAUAGAACUGUUGCUACUAAAUUUUUGAAACGUUUGUUUGAUUUAUUUUAUAGUUAUUAUGAUUUUAACAAUAAUAAUUAUCAAUUUGCAUUUGCAAAACAAACACAAAUUCUUUGGAACAGUACAACCAAAGUUGGUGUUGGUGCUGUUGAAUGUAAUGAGUUAGUUUAUAUUGUUAUUCUUUUUCAACCAAAAGGUAAUAUUAAUAAAAAAUACAGAAAAAAUGUCUUUCGUGUUAGUGAUAAGCAAAUUCAUUUGUAUAAUUUGUUUAAGAAGCGUGUUGGUAAAAGAGUAUCAUUUUAA